AUGCCACCGCGUGUCAUAUUAUCGGUUGCUCGAUGUGCGAAGCAGGCGGCGCAAGAAGCUGAGCGCAGGCGCCUGGACGACACCCGAGCCCUUGGCGGGGCUGAUGCGAACACGUCGGCCACUGUGUCCCUGUCCCCGGUAUCUUCGACGGAGUCGCUCGUGACGAUCCCAGAGGUGUCCGAUGCAGACCGCCCGAGAACCCCUACCAACGGAGAUGACUCCUUCGGUAGCUUGCUACAUAGGAUAGCAGGCCUGACCCCUGGCUCCUUCAAAUCGCUGAGUACUCUAUUCACUAAGAGACAGGCUGAUGCUGCAGUUGAGGAGACCGGUGAGACAAAGAAGCGGCGGCUGCUCGACACGAGCCAGGAGGUCGAGGUAGCCCCGGGAUCCAUGGUCCGGUACAGCUACAACCACCCGGAACUCCUGCGGCUGGUGGAUAACCAGAUUCAACCCCCUCUCGUCUGCUUCACAAACAGAUCCCUCAAGGAGAUCACGGAGAAGAGCAACGCGCUGCCUCGGAAGAAGCUCGCGUCGAAGGUGUCUGUCAUUGAUGUGACACACUUCGGUGAUGAUCUCAAGCUGGAGGAGUCGGAAUGGCGCCAGGGCGCCGAAAACUUUUUAGGUUUUUGCUCAAUUAUCGGGACAGUAGCAUACGUUGAACGCUUCCGGCAACACUUCGACUGGUUCCUCGACAUACCCGACUUCUCGGACAAGUUCGCGGUAGUUCGCGCGACCGAGGCCGAAUUGCGGACGGAGUACGCUUCACAGCAAACUGUCUUCAACCCUGCGCAUUACCACUCCCGAUUCCAGGCCAAGCAUAUCGAACUGAAGAUGGAGGAGAUGGACGGGAAGGAACAGCGUCGCGAAGCUAAGUUCAACUCACUGUUUUCGCGACCGUCGGCUGUCACUUCCCAUCCGCCAGCCGUAGGCACUUCGAGGCAACAUGCCGGUCCGUCACGUUCGGGUGGCGGCGGGCGGUUUCAAGCAGGCAAUCGCGGCGACCCUUCAGCGGCGACUUGCCUCAUCUGCGCGAGGAAGGGCCACCAAAUUGCCGCCUGCUCCGAUGGAGCAUUCCCAGACGGCAAACCCGUCUUUGCCGAGUCACGAGAUGGCUCUCUCCGCCCCCGGGGUCGAGACGAGGCCCUCUGCGUUAUGUGGAACGUCAACGGGGAUCCCCGGGGCAAGUGUGCGCACGGUGGACGUCUCAGGCAUAUAUGCUCCUUCUGCGGCUCGAACGAGCACCAUGCACUUGCCUGGCGAUGCCGCGCCAACCCUAACUGA